AUGCCUGUCACACGUCGACCAAUCAAGGUUGUUGUUUCGAAGAGAAAAGAGGCGCCAAAGAGAAACGAAGUGUCAGCCAAUUCAUCUAAAGCUAAUCAGGUUAUUGAGAAUGGAAUGUGGAUUCAUCAGGAUGACAACGACAGAGUUGUUAGACGCUAUCCAGGACUGUCUGAGGCUAAAGAAAGUGAAGAGGAGCCUGGAGAACAGGGGCAAGAGGAGCGCGAGUUGAAUGAUGUAGAUUUGGGACCCAACAAUAUUCCAGGUGAUAAUGCUUGA